GGCGUUCCUCCGCGAGGGGCGUUGAAUGUUUGUUAUUCCUCUGCUUUUCCUCACAGAACUUCAACACCAUUCGAUCGGUUUCGCGUGUUCUUCGUCCUUUUCGUCCACAAAAAGCUGAAGUAUGCGUCGGCGCGUAGCAGUGAUUGGCGGAGGAAGUUCUGGUCUGGCCUGCGUCAAGUGCUGUUUGGAUGAAGGACUGGAGCCUGUGUGCUUUGAGAGCAGUGAUGACAUUGGCGGUUUGUGGCGGUUCAAGGAGAACCCGGAGCCGGACAGAGCCAGCAUCUACCACUCUGUCAUCAUCAACACCUCCAAGGAGAUGAUGUGCUUCAGUGACUAUCCCAUUCCUGCUCACUUCCCAAACUUCAUGCACAACUCUCUCAUCAUGGACUACUUCCGCAUGUAUGCUGACCACUUCCAGCUGAUCAAGCACAUCCGCUUCAAUACCAAAGUCCUGCAGGUGAAGCAAAGGUCGGACUUCUCUCGCUCCGGUCAAUGGGACGUGGAGAUAGAAAGCCAAAAUGGGAAAAAAGAGAAACACAUAUUCGAUGCUGUGAUGAUCUGUACUGGACACCACUGCCAGCCCAACCUCCCUCUGCAGGACUUUCCAGGCAUUGACACAUUUACUGGAAAAUACUUUCACAGUCGGGACUACAAGACACCUGAGCAGUGGAGGAACAAAAAAGUAGUUGUUAUUGGAAUUGGGAAUUCUGGAGGGGAUCUUGCUGUUGAACUGAGCAGAGUUACCAAGCAGCUUUACCUGAGCACUCGGAGAGGUGCGUGGAUUCUGAACAGGGUUGGCGAUAAUGGCGUCCCCCUUGACUUGAACUUUAAUCGGGUGUUGAACUUUGCCCGUUUGUGGCUUCCCUUUGGGGUUUUUUGUCACCUGGCUGAGAAAAGACUCAAUCAACGAUUUGAUCAUGGGCUUUACAACUUGAAGCCAAGUCACAGGGUAUUCAGCCAACACCCCACUGUGAACGAUGAGCUACCCAACCGCGUACUGUCCGGAACAGUCCAGGUCAAACCCAACAUCCGCAGAUUUCAAGGAUCCAAUGUGGAGUUUGACGAUGGGACGGUGGUAGAAGAUGUUGACCUGGUGGUUUUUGCUACAGGUUACAAGUUCUCCUUUCCUUUCCUGGCCUCCAAUGUGGUUUCAGUGGCCAACAACAAAGCAUCACUGUACAAGUAUGUAUUUCCUCCUGAGCUUGAGAAGUCGACCCUGGCCAUCAUUGGUCUGGUGCAGCCACUGGGGGCUAUCAUGCCCAUCUCUGAGAUACAGGCCAGAUGGGCCACUCGAGUCUUUAAAGGCUGCAAGAAGCUUCCAUCUGUGUCUGACAUGUUAAAGGACAUCCAGUGCAAAGAGCAAGCCAUGGCCAGCAGGUACGUCACGAGUCAGAGGCACACGAUCCAGGUGGACCAUGUCAGCUACAUGGAUGAGAUUGCGCGGGAGGUUGGAGUUCGCCCCAACUUUGCCAAACUGCUCCUCACCGACCCCAAACUUGGACUGAACAUCAUUUUCGGUCCCAGCUCACCUUACCAGUAUCGCCUCACCGGGCCUGGAAAGUGGAGCGGUGCCCGCCAGGCCAUUCUCACACAGUGGGAGAGGAUCAUUAAGCCCAUGCAGACCAGGCCUUGUGGUGAACCAAAAGCAAAUAGGUCAUCAAGAUGGCCUCUGGUUCUGGCCGCAUCUGCGUUGGGCCUGGCUGUCUACGUCAACAGAGAGAGCUUCUUGACGUUAAUUCAAGAUCCCACUCCACUGCUGGAGAGAAUAAAGGAUUACCUGCCAAUCCUGGGAAAACCAGUUAACAUGUAAACCCGCUAGUCUUGCAGCACUAUCAUUUAUUCAUGCAGUUUAGUUAUUCAUGUCCUGAAAUGGACUGCAUCCAGAUAACCGUCCAUCACUGACUUAGCAGAUGGAUAGAUUGUGCAUCAAUAAAGUCCAUAAUAGGACACAUGGGCAACAGCACCUUUAUAUUUAUGAUUUAGAAAAUGUUUAGUAUUCGUUCUAAUGUUUUCUUUUAUUAAUAUGCGUUUGAAGAAAUUUGGACACCAAAUGUAUUCAACUGCCUAAAAAACUGUCCAAUUGAAUGUAUAACGUGUGUAUGAAAUCAUGUAUUGAAAGAGAUUUUAUAAUGUGUUGAAACCAAAUAACGCAGACCUUUUUUAGUGGCAUCCAUUGUUACAUUCAUAUAUGAUACUGUAUGACAAUACUGUAUGCUUUAGUGUAUGAUAAUAAAAAUACACUAAAGCAUCUUAAAAUUAAUCUCUGGCUUUAUCUGGAUAUGAUUAGCCAGGUUUACGUUCUGGAAAAAUAACCACCAUAUGAUCUUAAGGGACAGUACUGCCAAUGUAUUUGCAAAUUCACCAAGUAAAAUUAAGAAAAUGUA